UUGAUCAUGCAGUCACUCAUUUAGUGUUUCUACGUGUUGUGAAAUAUCCUUUUAAAAAUAAAACGAGCGAUGUUUUAGUUUGGAGUUUAUAUAGUGACGAUUUGAACUCAAGCUUCGGUAAAAUGGCAGAAUGUUUAGGGUCUACAGAACAAAAUGUUCAAGUGCGCGGAAAUAAUGCAGAUACGACAGGGAACCGUACUAUCAAUCAAAAGAGAGAUAAAAAGAGGCAGAUACAGCGACCUCGACCUACAAGAGUAGUAUCUGUGAAGAAACGAUCCCUAAAUCAUAUGGGUUUCAAAGAUCUAGAACAUUGGUUAGAAGACACCAACAAUAUAUACAUUGGUAGGGACAUGACCCAUUAUGUUCCUGGGGCUGUUGGCAGCAAAUGGCAAAAUCCUUUUAAGGAUGAGAAACUGGGGAAAGAGAAACGAGUAGAAUUGUACGAGGAGUACAUUUUGUCAGAUACGAAAACGUAUGACGGAAAGACACUGUUGGAAUCAAUAGAAGAACUUCAAGGGAAAACUUUGGGAUGUUGGUGUAAGCCAGAAUUCUGCCAUGGUGAUGUUCUUGUUCAAAUAUUGAUGAGAUCAAAAAAGAGCACACUUAACUAACUGCGCAUGCAGUUAUAUCUUCUGAUAGAAACAAUGAAGUUCGAAGUAAAACAUGUUCAUUGAGAUGUUCCUGUGCAAUAAAUUAUCAUGUUUGAAGAAAAGUGUGUCUCUUAAUCAAAUGACAAAAAAGAGAAGAAAGAAAACAUAGUGACAAUGUAAUAUAAAAAAUCUGUGAAAUAUUCUGGGGCUAAACAGAAAAACGAUGAAACACAAACAGUACUCGGCAUAACACAACAUAGAAAACUCAAGCCUGAGUAAUACGAACUAAUACUAUGUGUCAAUCUGAUAUCAUGUUCAUAUUAUAUGAAUAAACAAGCAUAUUUCAA